AUGGAAGCAGAAACGGUGACCGCUCCCGGUGAUGUACCUGUCUUCGAUAUGAUGCCGGCGGUGUUGACCGCAGUGCUCGUCUCACUAAUCGCCUAUUUCGGCCACGGCCCCCUUCACGAACUCCUCUUCCAAACCUCAACAAAGACGAAAUCGCUCGGGGCAGAUAGUGACGAUGAGUCUGAUGUCUCUAGCGAUAAAUGUAUUGUGAAGAGACUAGAAGAGGAAGAAAAGAACUGUGUCGUCCUUUUUGGGUCUCAAAGCGGAAACGCACAAGAAUUCGCCGAGAAGCUUGGUCGUGAAGCACAUACCCGGUUUUCCCUACGUUCCAUAGUCGCCGAGAUCGACGAUUACACUUACCAGAACUUGCAUAAACUGCCUGAAAACACAAUCGUAUUCUUUAUCCUUGCUUCAUAUGGCGACGGAGAGCCAACGGAUAAUUCGGAGCAGUUUUACAACUUCUUGACUGAUGAGGACGACGACGGACCGUUCGACAGACUUCGGGAACAUGGCCUUCAGAACCUCUCGUACUCCGCUUUUGGGUUGGGAAACAGUAGUUACGCUCAUUUUAAUGCCGUGGUCCGUAAAGUCGAUGAGAGACUACAGCUCUGCGGUGCCAGACGCCUUGGCCCUGUUGGCGAAGCUGACGAUGGCAAGGGAACAAACGCCGAGGAUUUUAUCGAGUGGAAAGACAAAAUGUGGCCUCAAGUCAUGGAAGCCUUUGGCCUGGUUGAGCGAGAUGCUGGAGAGCGAGAGCCUGCUUUCGAGGUGGUUGAGAUACCUAACCACCAUGGCCCAAUCUUCCAGGCAGAUUACACAGACAGGAAUCUCGCACAACAGGCACAAGCAGUUACAAACCACUGCUUUGCGCCUAUUUCGGACUCAAAGCUUCUUUCAGAUGCUGGUGGCCGGUCAUACAUACAUGUCGAGCUGGAUAUUAAGAACACCAAGCUUGACUAUGAGACUGGCGACCAUCUCUCUGUUUCUCCAAUCAAUUCCGAUAUCGAAGUCGAGCGCUUCUUGAGGGUAUUCGGGUUAUGGGACAAGCGACACGAGACCAUCCGCGUGAGAUCGCUCUCGGACGAUCUGAAUCCUCCAUUCCCAUCCCCGUGCAGCUACGAGUCUGCAGCACGUUUUUAUAUCGAUAUCUGCGGGCCUGUCUCUCGCGAAGUCGUAUCCGCUUUCGCGAACUCCGUUUCGAAUGCUAAGCAGAAGACCACGCUUCGUCAACUCGGCAAGGAUAAAGAGGCAUUCUUGGCCCUUACGGAGGGUAGCUAUUACAAUGUUGCAUCCAUGAUGGAGACUUUGUUUCCCGGGGAAACCGUCGAUGUUCCCUUUGCUAUCAUCAUCGAGGCGAUGCCUAAGCUGCAGCCGAGAUACUACUCCAUAUCUUCUUCUUCCGCCCUUGAUGCUGGUAAAGUCUCUAUCACUGUGGCUAUCGAGUCGUUUCCCAUUCAAAAGACAAAUCGACAUUUCUCAGGCGUUGCGACGAACUUCAUCUUGGAUGCUGCUUCCACGGGAAAUGAAGUUUUAUCAAGGAGCCGAAUGCAGCCGAUACCCUACACGCUGACAACGAAACGCCCUCACUUACAGGCCUCUCUCUCAACCUUUGUCCGUACGUCAACAUUUCGACUACCGUCUGAUCCGACAAUACCUAUCCUCAUGGUUGGUCCUGGCACUGGCGUUGCCCCGUUCCGUGGAUUUGUCAGAGAACGGGUCGCUAUGCAUCGGCAAGGUACAAGCUUUGCGCCCAUGACGCUUUUUAAUGGCUGCCGUAAGAGGACUGAAGACUUCUUAUAUGAAAAGGAGUGGAAGGCAUAUGCCUCUGAGCUGGGUUCCAAGUUCAGGAUGUACACAGCAUUCUCGCGAGAGCAGAAGCAUAAGGUAUACGUUCAAGAUCUUAUACUCCAGCAAUCGAAGGACAUAGCUUCGCUGAUCCAGAACGGCGGGCACGUGUAUGUUUGCGGCGACGUGGGCAUGGGCCGAGGAGUGACAGAGACCCUGUGUAAGGUCCUUGCUUCUGAGACCAGUAUGUCUUUGGAUGAUGCACAGAGGGAGUUGUCCGAUAUGCGACAUUCACAUCGAUAUCAGGAGGAUGUCUGGUAG